UUCCUCUUCUCCACGUUGGGUUUGUUUUGGUUCCGGGACCCGGGCGGCCGACCCUUAUUUCAAGUGACCAACAAUGCCACCCAAGAAGGAAGCAGCCCCCGCACCCCCGCCCUUGAUUGGCCGUGUGGGCACCAACUUGAAAGUGGGCAUAGUGGGCCUGCCCAAUGUUGGCAAGUCCACCUUCUUCAACGUCCUCACCAAAUCCUCGGCCAAUGCAGAAAACUUUCCAUUCUGCACCAUCGACCCCAAUGAAAAUAAGGUUCCGGUACCCGACGCAAGGUACGACUACCUGUGCGAAUUCCACAAACCCGCCAGGUAAGUUCUGAAUUAUUAUUUUACUAACUAUGUGGUUCCUUCUGGUGGGGUCCGAGGGCGAGGUGACGGGGUGGGAGUGGGUGGUGAGUGGAACAAUCAUACGACCUAACCAAACGGCGUUGUUCCAGGUGCGUUUGACGACGACGACGUGACGCACGUGGAGGGCGACGUCAACCCCGUCAGGGACUUGGAGAUCAUCCUGGACGAGCUCCGGCUCAAGGACAUCGAGUACGUCGAAGGCGCCUACGACAAGCUGGAGAAGCUGGCGGUACGCGGCGGCGACAAGAAGCUCAAGCCCGAGUACGACACCAUCUGCAAGGUCAAGAAGCUGCUCGAGGAGGACAAGAGGCACGUGCGCUUCUGCGAGUGGGACGCCAAGGAGAUCGAGGUGUUGAACAAGCACCUGCUCAUCAGCAGCAAGCCCAUGAUCUACCUGGUCAACCUCUCCGAGAAAGACUACAUCAGACGGAAGAACAAAUGGUUGGUGAAGAUCAAGGAGUGGAUAGACGCCAACGAUCCGGGUGCCAUCUGCAUCCCCUUCUCGGGCGUCUUCGAGCUCAAGCUGGCCGAAAUGGAACCCGAGGCGCGGGCUGACUACCUGAAGGAGAGCAACCUCACCAGGCAUGUACCCGGCGAGACGUUUUUAGUUGCUUAG